AUGUGGCGGGAUCGCACCAACCUCUACAUAUCCUACCGUCAAUCCUUCGCACACCACCCCUCCAAGAAGCCACGCUUUGGCGGCCCCUCCAAUGGCUUCGACACAUCAUCCCAGCCGGAGGAAAGCCGUCGUCUGAUCUCCGAGACCGGCGGCUUCGAAGAAGAUGGCGACAUGGUCAUUGAGAUGGACCUGCUCCCGCCGCGCUGGGUCGACGUGCAAGAAGAAGUCACCGAGUACCUGGCCGACAUUGCGCAGAAAUCCUCCGAACUGGACAAGUUGCAUCAUAAACACCUACUCCCGGGCUUCGGCGACGAGGACGUCCGUCGGAAGGACGAAGGCGCGAUCGAGCGGCUCACGCAGGAGAUAACUCGCAGUUUCCAUGAUUGCCAAAAGGCGAUUCAGCGGAUUGAGAUGAUAGUCCGCGAACAGGGUAGUGCCAGUAGUGGCGAGGAAACUAUGGCGAAGAAUAUCCAGAUCUCGCUUGCGCAAAGGGUUCAGGAAUCCAGUGCGAGGUUCAGGAAGAAACAAAGCACAUAUUUGCGAAAACUACGAGACCUGGAUGGAAUCUCAACACCCUUCGACCGCGCGCCUACGCCUACACCCGCUCAAAAUCCCUAUACAGACCCCUCCCUCAUGGAAUCGGAUGCAGACAAGUCGUUCUCGCAGACGAUGUUGAUGCAGACCCAACAACGAUUAACAGGGCAAAACGAUGCCGCUAUUGCACAACGGGAGCGGGAAAUCAAUGACAUCGCAAAGGGUAUCAUCGAAUUGUCGGACAUUUUCCGCGAGCUCCAGUCCAUGAUUAUUGACCAAGGAACCAUGCUCGACCGCAUCGACUACAACGUGGAGAGAAUGGGCACCGACGUCAAAUCUGCAGAUACGGAACUCAAAGUGGCUACGAAUUAUCAGCGGCGAACGACCAAGCGGAAAGCAAUACUACUUCUGGCGCUCAUCGUUGUGGGGCUGAUUAUCGUCCUGGUUAUCAAGCCUAAGAAGAGCAGUGCGCCGCCACCACCACCGGCUGAUGAAAGCUCGAACAAUAUCCGCUCUGUUGUAGCUUCGGUAGAUCGGUUGAGGCGGCACCCUUCGUCAAGUCGAUUUGCAAGAGAUCGGUGGAUGGAUCCGGAUAUAUUCCGAUGA